GUACAAUACCGAACAUAUGUCAUUCCAUGCGCAUGUCUGACAAGCAGACUUCCAGGUUUUCCGGAAAAAUACUAAGCAAAAUCAGACUGUUAGACUUCUAGUUACACUUUUUAAUUGUGCAUUUCCGAGAAUAUGAAGAGACCUCGAAAUGCAGACUGUGCUAAAUUACGUCGACCAAUGAAACGAAACAAAAUAACUGAAGGAUUUUACGGGAGUACCUUCCUGUACAUGAAGUUUCUCAUGGUAUGGGCACUGGUCCUGAUGGCGGACUUUAUUCUUGAGUUCCGAUUCGAGUACCUCUGGCCAUUCUGGCUGCUAGUCCGGAGUGUGCAUGACUCCUUCAAGUUUCAAGGCCUGGCUUUCUCCGUGGUAUUUGUGAGCAUCGCUGUGACAUCGGACGUGAUCUGCUACCUGUUCAUACCUGUACAGUGGCUCUUCUUUGCCGCUAGCACAUAUGUAUGGGUGCAAUAUGUUUGGCACACAGAGCGCGGUAUCUGUCUGCCUACCGUGUCACUGUGGCUUCUCUUCGUCUACAUAGAGGCCUCUAUACGGCUCAGAGAACUGAAAAACUUGCCAUUCAACCUCGAUCUUUGUAGGCCUUUUGCUGCUCACUGUAUUGGAUACCCUGUUGUCACAUUAGGAUUUGGAUUCAAGACAUAUGUCUCAUAUAAAUUGCGCUUGCGCAAACAGAAAGAUGUACAGAAAGACAAUGAUUUUUAUUUUCAACUUAUACAACAAGCACUGCCUCCAGAGUUACAAAAUGUAGAAAAACUGAAAGCAAUACCUGCCAUUCCUGAAGAGGAAGAAAUCUCACAGCUCCCUGCAGAAACUAUAAAAGCACCCCCAGUUACAUCAUCAACAGCAGCAACAACGGCAGCUUCAACAGCAUCCGUCACACAGUCAUCAUCACCAAACCCAUCAAAAUCAACGGGCAAGGAUAAAGAGAAAUCAAAAGUCACAGAUGAUUUAGAGAUUGAUGAUGAUGCCCAGUAUAUUGAGCAAAAACAGGCGAACAAAGCCACCGAUAUAAACAGUUUUAACGAAAAUGCUGAAAAUUUUGCAAAUGAUCAACAAGCUAAAACUUACAAGCAGAAUGGAAUAAGCACGAAAGUCCAUAGUGUGAAAUUAAACAGUAAUGAAAAGAAAAGCUCUUCAAAGCCAAAGAAUUACAACAAACCUGAUAUAUCAUCAGCAGCAUUUGCCAACAACAGGGAUGAGUCUGCAUAUUUACAAAAGUUAGAAAAUGAUGUCAAGAGAUUGAAGAAUGACUUACAGACAAGUAGAAGCACAGAGUCCGAGCUGAAAUCUCAGAUCAACAGUUUUAUUCUGGGUGACAAGAACACACGGUCUGAACUAUAUCAGCUUCAGCAGGACAAUGAGAAUUUACAAAACAAACUUCACAAUUUGGUGACCUGCCGCCAGAAAGACAAGGAAAGUUUAUCUUCACUGGAGCGCAAGUUGACAGACGAGAAGAAAGCAAGAAGUGCUUUAGAACAACAGCUCGCCUCAGAACGGAAAGCAAAGAAGGCAGAGGACUCUGCAGCAGCCAGAGCUGUGGCCUUGGUCACCGCCAGGGGAGAAUGCUGUACAGACGUGUGCUUGUCCCGGCGUAGAGACACAGAGAACGAUCUACAGCAGUUAAAGUGGGAUCUGCAGAACAGAGAGGACAGGAUCAAACAGCUCGAGAAAGAGGUCCAGGUACGUAGUUAUUCACUGGCCCAGCUGAAAGAGCAGCAGACGGACACGGAGGUGUUGAUGUCUGCGCUGUCUGCCAUGCAGGACAAGACCCACCACCUGGAGAACAGCCUCUCUGCAGAGACCAGGCUUAAACUUGACCUUUUUUCAGCGCUCGGAGAGGCCAAGAGACAGAUGGACAUCUUACAGGGUUUAAUCCAGAUGCGUGACCAGGAGAUCGUGGACCUCAAGUCCAAAAUGUCCGAGGUGAUGGCCCUCAUGCCCCAGAACAUGGACGCCAUGUCAGGCUCCGGGAACUCCUCCCCCUCCCCCCUGUACUCCACGUCUUCUGUCUCCAAUCAACAGCUUCCACGAAGGAGCAUGGCAAACUAAAUCAGAAUUUACACCAGCAGCUGGAGAAUGGACACAUACCGAAAUCUAAAAUGAACCCCAAUGCUUUAAUGUUCACCCCGAAGUCGAUGUAGAAAGCACUGGUGCUGCUGCUGCUGUUGCUGCUGCUGCUAAAGACUAGAGGCUGACAAAGAUGCUAAGAAAUGUUUGAUCAUCCUACCAGAAACUGUUUAUGACCUUUGGGCCACUGAAACUGAAAUAUCUUACAUUUAUCUCAUCUUUUGUCUUUACUUACGGUUUGUUAAUGUUUUUCUUAAAAACAAUACAAACAAAAACUUUAAAAGCCUUUAAAAAAAAUAGCUUUGAUCAUUUUAACUAAAUUUGCAUCUUCAAAGUUUAGUACAUGUAAAUACAAAAUACUUGGCUUUUACUCUCUGCAACAUGUCAAUUAUGCAAGAAAUACAGACAAAAAUAACAAAGGAUUAUUAUUUAAAGAUAAGAUGCUUAUAAUAACUGCAAUAUUGCCCCUGUUUUUUGUCAGUGUUUGAAAGCUAAACUUUUGAAAAUUGAUUUCUGAAACUUACUGAGAUACAAAAUUAGAUUUUCAGCAAGUUUAUCAUGUUGUUACACUAUAAUACUCACUGGGGUUAGAACACUUGUAAAACCUUUGGUACUAUGUAUGAAACAUUUCUUUGCAAUUUCUUGCCAGAAGUUUUUAGUUCGCCUCUGAUUUUACGCCUUUGUUUUGAACCCAUUUUUGACUGUAAUGCAGCAGAAGACAUUGUUCGGCUCGUCACUUUCCCAGCAAAUGGAACAUAAUGUUCUUUUUAUAUGUUCUGAAACAAUGGCACUGCCAGCGGUUAAUACAUGUAGUUGAUAUGUUAAAGUAAUUGCAUCUGGAAUGAUGUGACACUUGUUUUUGCUUAUGUUUUAUAGUCGAACGUGCAUGGAGGUCAUGCAUAUCUCUUAAACGUCUUCAGUAUUUUGUUGUUAAGGUUUGAUUUUGUCAGUUUUGUAAGUGUUGUCAGUUUUGCUGGUGCAAAAGCCUUGACAUUUUUUAUUUCAGUCAAAUAAUGAAAUUAUAGUAAUUGUUUGCUAUUUAAAUGUUACGAGAGGUAACAUUACAACUUACAACAAAAGAGUUUUUUGUAUAUGAUUUCUUCUUCUUAAGUUCUGUCAUUAGUUUCAGGAACUUCUGUUUUGGCAGUUUAUAAAUGGCAAAGAAGGAAAAAUAGUGUUAAAGAACACAUAAAAUAAUCAUUGAAGCUAAAGCAAUGGCAUUUUCCUGUACUUCUUUAAUGAUUUUUUUUUAGUUUUUCAGUUAAGAUUUGUUUUCCUUAUAUCAAUAUACUCGUGGUUCUUGUCUGUGUUGUUGUAGUUUAAAUGUCUGUUUCCUAACAAUUUUUUAGCUAAGUAAUUAAGCAAUAGCAUUGUUCAGCUACCAGAAAAAUCAUAUAAAACUGAAAAGUUAAUAAUUCAUGGAAAGUCAGCUUUUUCAUGUGUAACGUUAUAUUUCUUGUUUGGUUUGAUGAUGAGUUGUUAGCAUGCAAGACAAACAUCCUAUAUAUGACCGUAAUGGCCAACUAUAUUACUGAAUAAUACAGCUGUUAUUUGUGAAAUUUAUUUUGUAACAGUGGGUCUGGUCUUUAUGUUAGAUAUUGGCCGUGUUCUGUGAAAAGGGGGUUUAAUGCAUGUCGGCACAGGCUAAUCAGGGACGAUACUUUCUGGCUAAACUUGAUUUUUGCUAAAAAGAUACUUUAUUAAAACAAAAAAUAUCAAACAAGGGGAAAGAGUUGCCCCUGAUUAGCCUGUGCAGACUGCACGGGCUAAUCUGGGAUGUCACUUUACGCACAUGCAAUAAACCCCUUUUUCAAAGUGCACAGCCCAUCUAAGUUUGUUGCGUUGGCAGUUUUGAGAAGAACAUGUCCAUAGGUUUUUAUUUCUUAACGAUUGACAAAACAAGAUUCUGCUAUUGACCCCAUCACUCACUUAACAGAAACCUACUUUAAUCUGAAUCUUAAAACAUCUGGGUUAUUUUUUUGUCAAAAGUACUCCAGAUGAUUGAACAAGAUGCUUUAUUUAUGUUGUUUCAGCAGUGGCUUCUAAUGUUUCAUCUUGAUAUUAAUAACUGAUAGCAAAUGACAUAACAGGAUGGUUCUUAAUUCUUAGUAUGCCCUUCGUCAUGUUAUGUAGAAACAGCCAAACUGUUCUACUAGACAACAGAGAACUGGGCCGUGCUCAGUGGAAAGGGGGUUUAAUGCAUGUGCGUUAAGUGUCGUCCCAGAUUAACCUGUGCGGUCUGUACAGGCUUAUCAGGGACGACACUUUCCGCCUAAACUGGAUUUUUGCUAAGAAGCAACUUUCUUUAAAGAAAAAUAUGUUAAAGCGGAAUGUCGUACCUGAUUAUCCUGUGCAGACUGCACAGUCUCAUCUUGGAAGACACUUUACCCACGUGCAUUAAACCCCCUUUUCACAGAGCAUCGCCCAUAUCUUUAUUAACUCACACAUGACAUCCAACUAUGUUGAGGGUCUUAUUGUGUUUGAAGUUGGACCAUAUGCAGGAAUGUGCUAUUGUUGAAACAAAUACCAUUACAGUUGUUCUUGUUUCCAUUCCUAUGGAUUUAUAUAUUCAUAAGCAGAGAGCAAAAAUAUGCAAUGUAUUGACUAAAAACAUAUUUAAGUUAUCAAAGCUACGUACAAUUGUUUAGUACCAAAAUGUUAUGCUCACUGAUGUUUCUGAAACCUGAUCAUUGCUUCAGUUGGUAUUUCGACUCUUUUUAGAAUGAAGCUUUUUACAUGGUAACAAAGUUUGUCACAUCAAUACUUUAUAAUCUUAACUGUUCAAUUUCGUGUUUGGUUUAGUAAAUUUAUUUACUGCUUUCACAAUUUGCUACAAGAACAGUUUAAACUUAAAACAAAACAGUUUAAAACUGCAUGCUGUGAACAUGAGGUUGGCCAUACUAAGUUUAUAAGUGACAAUAUUAUGAAGGUGUGAAUCACCUUACUCCUGGACUAGACUAGAAAUGAGGCUGUUGUUUCAAGAAUAAAGAACUGAAAGUG